AUGGCAAUUUUCUUUCAGGGAAGAUCCGCUUCAAACCCUGGGAACAAGAGCAAGAUAUUUACCAUUUUAGGCUGUUGGUUCCUUGGCCUAACCAUCAUCCUGUGCAUUCCAAUCACAUAUCUUAUUUUGAACCCACCAGCUGAUGAGCUUCCUUCGAAUGCCACAGCUCUGGACAUGACGGAAACACCAUCAAAUGCUACUGUGUUCUAUGGUCAUGAGAAGGAAAACGCUGACGGAAGUCCCAAACAGCUUGAAUUGCUGCUAUUUGACCCAGCUGGCGAACAUUCCAGCGAUAUUGAGAAACACCGGGUCACUCGGGGAGUUGCCAAAUUUGCUGGGAAAGCUCUUGGGAUUAUGCUUGGUGUCAUCCUGUUCAUUGUACUGUGUGCAAUAUGUGGCUGCUGCUUGUGCUGUUUCAAGGUCCACCGCAUUAUCCUGGGGAAGCAUAAGGAACAUCAAGUACAGGGUCACAGAGCUUCAUUGCAGUACAUGGUUGGCAAUGGAGAUGGGGUUUAUUCUGGCCAGGGAGCACAACCUAUUUACCCACCGCAACAGGGUUACCAACCGCCUCCGCCUCCUUACCAAGCUCACAAUAAUCAAGGAUAUGGAAGCCAAAACCCUUAUCCGAACCAGACACAGUAUUCAAACAACUAUCCCAAUAACCAACCAUCUGCACCCAUUGGCUUUGAGGGAUUACAAAGAUGAUUAUAUUCAUUGGAGGAAAUAUAAUUUUUUUUAUAAAUGGA